AUGGGAUCGUCAGCUGUUCAGAUGGUGUGUGUGGCCUUCGGGAUCAUCGGGGUCACUGGGGUCAUCGUCUGUUGCGCCCUUCCUCUCUGGAAAGUGUCAGCCUUCAUAGGAAACAACAUUGUGACAGCGCAGGAGAGUCAAGAAGGUCUAUGGAUGGAGUGUGUGAAGCAGAGCACAGGGCAGCAGCAGUGCAAAGUGUACGACUCCUUGCUGGUGCUGUCCUCUGACCUGCAGGCCGCCCGCGCCAUGACCAUCAUCAGCUGCAUGCUCGGUAUUCUCAGCCUCCUAGUCCUUUUCUGCGGUGCCGACUUCACCACAUGUGUUCAGAAUGAAGAUGCCAAGCCCAAAAUCAGCCUGGUGGCCGCAGUGGGCCUGAUGCUGGCCGGCCUGCUGGUUAUCAUCCCUGUGAGCUGGUCGGCACACAACACCGUGAGAGAUUUCCACAACCAACUGGUGCAUGAGUCCCUGAAGAGAGAGCUGGGAGCGUGCAUCUAUAUCGGCUGGGCAGCCGGUGUACUGAUGCUCCUGGCUGGAGGUCUGCUCUGCUGCUUCAGCCGACCCAAAUCCAGCAGCUCUGGAGGAACCGCCAAGUACUACAGCAAUACCGCUUCAGCACCAAACAAGAACUACGUGUAGAGGCCAUGUGGUACCACAGAAUGUAAAUACCCUAUGCUAAGAAUAUCUGAAUCUCAUCAUUAUUUCCAUAAUUUUAUCAGUUGCUGCUGGAAGGCAUGUGCUCUGUAAUGUUUUAUUUCCAAGUUUCUGAGCUGUUUUCUUUCAACCAUGCAAAAUGGUUGAAUUCCCAUGAAUUUUCUGAAAAAUUGUGACAUAAUAAUGAAGAAGACAUAUGAAAAAGUCUCUCUAAGCAGCCAAAUAUUACAUGGCUUGUUACUGGCAAGUUACAAGAUAAUAAAACCAAAUGGCAAUUUUGUUUGCUUAUUUAGUCCAUUUUAUGUUCAUGAUUUCUUUGCUCAAGAUUUGCCUCAAGAAACAUUUUCAUUUUUGUAUUUCUCAAGCUUCUGCAUGACUUUCUAUUCAUAAAACUUGUUUUGUAUCUCAUUUUGUAUACUGAUCACUAGAUAUUACUAAUGAGCUGAUUUGUCAGAUGCAGAGAUGUUUGGGGAAAUGAAUAAAAACACAGAAGACAGA